AUGUCACUGUUAGAAAUUCUAGAAAAGGCUCAAUCACUUGGUUUGAGUGGAGACCUCGCUCACGAGUUGAUUGAAAAACAGCAUCAGGCUGAGAGGGAAGAGCGCGCUGCCGAGCGAGAAGUAAAGAGAAUGGAAAUGGAAUAUGCCGAGGCUGAGAAGCGCCGAGCGCAUGAGAUUGAACUCGCUAAAAUCCAGUCAGGUCCUAAUGGUAAUCAUAGCAACACUAAUGCUCAUAUGUUUGAAGGACUCAGACUGCCUACUUUUGCUGACGGUCAGGAUGACCUAGAUAGUUAUUUGCAGCGGUUUGAACGUCUGGCGGAAUUACACGGGUGGAAGGUUGAAGAUUACCAUGUUUACCUAGGUACUUGUUUACGGGGUCAGGCACUUAAGGUUUACGUAUCUUUGCCAGAUGACAUCGUUAGAGACUAUACUCGUUUAAAAGAGGCUUUGUUGAGGGCUUAUUCUGUAGACGCAGAUUCUUAUCGGCGUAAGUUUCGUGAGAGCAGAUGUAAAGAUAAGGAGACGUAUGUCCAGUUAGUAAUUAGAAUGGAGCAGUACCUCGAUAGAUGGAUAACUAUGAGUAAUGUUGAGAAGAAAUACGGUAGCUUGUUUGAUUUUCUUGUCAGGGAACAAUUAUUAAAUAAUUGCAGUUCCGAUCUCCGCGUAUUUCUGAAGGAGAAAGGCUGUGAAACUGCGGUGGAAAUGGCAGAAGCCGCUGAUAGGUACCGUAGUGCACAUUCAUAUCGAGUAAGUAAAUUUUCAAGGUCGGUGACUAAACAGUCUACAAAUAUUGAAAAUGAGAUUCAGUGUCAUGGAUGUGGGAAGUCGGGUCAUAUCAGGCCUAACUGCCCUAACAACCCUAAGAACUUCAAAACUAAGAGUGAAUCCAAGGUUAAUUUUGUAUUUCAGUCCGAAAUCAAACCUCAGAAUUCAAUAAUUGACUCAAAUGGGAAGUUGUUUGAUAAGCCAGCAGAAAUAUUACUCGACACGGGAUGUUCCUCCGGUGUGAAACUACCUGGGGAGCACGAUCCUCUUUCGCUCGCUUAUGACGGCAGUAAAGACACCCCCAUGGAUUCCAACUGUCGGCAGCCUAACCCUACCCCACUCGCUGUUACCGAGGUAGGGGAUGUUCAGUCUGAGCGCGACAGAUCUCGUGACGCUAAAAUUCCUACGGUUGCUAUGGCUGUUAAAACUCGUUCAUCGGAGUCAAAAUCUAUAACAUUAGCUUGCCCUGAAUUCUUAGAUCUAAACAUAACUAAAAGUAAUCUAAAAGAGGAACAGCAGAACUGCCCAAGUCUAAAAACCAUAAGGGAGAAAGUUAAAAGCGGCGAAAAUGUAAAUGUAAAAUCUAGAACGGUAAAAUAUGAGCAUGUCAAUGAUCUCAUUUACAGGGUGUGUUUAAAAAGCAAACAUGAAUAUGAAAUUGGGAGUAAGCAACUGGUGAUUCCCGAGAAGUAUCGGAUCCACGUCCUGAAUCUCGCACACGAUUCCCUUACAGCUGGUCAUUUCUCGCACAGAAAGACGAGUUAUAAAGUAUUUUCAAAGUUCUUUUGGCCCGGUGCAGGUGCCCAGAUUAAAAGGUACUGUCGAUCAUGUCCGACCUGUCAAAAGUUUUCAUCUAAAGGAAGUGUGAGAAGAGUACCGAUGAAAAACCUCCCCAUAAUUUCAGAGCCAUUCUCACGUGUAGCUAUAGACAUAGUGGGUCCUUUUACACCAGCUUCUGAGAGAGGAAAUAAGUAUAUUCUCACUCUAAUAGACUAUGCAACUAGGUACCCCGAAGCUGUUGCUUUACAAAAUAUUGACACGAUGACAGUGGCCGAGAGUUUAGUAGAAAUCUUCUCGCGAGUCGGUAUACCGAGGGAAAUCUUGUCAGAUCGUGGGUCUCAAUUCAAGUCGGAUCUAAUGGGUGAAAUCCAUAGAUUACUCUCUAUAAAAGCCUUGUACACGAGUCCCUACCAUGCUUCGUGUAACGGUGCAGUUGAAAGACUAAAUGGGGUAUUAAAAUCCAUGAUUAAAAAGCUUUGUGCUGAUCACCCGAGAGACUGGGAUCGCUUUAUACCUGCUGCCCUGUUUGCAUAUAGAGAGAUUCCUAAUGACAGUCUUAAGUUUUCACCUUUUGAAUUAUUGUAUGGCCGACAAGUACGCGGUCCUUUGACAAUCCUACACGAGCUAUGGACUAACGACAAUAUUGACAGUGAGGUUAAAACUACGUACCAAUAUGUUUUAGAUCUUCGCUCGCGUUUGGAAGAAACUGCCAAAUUAGCGGCAGAGCAAGCGGAAAUAAGUAGUCGCAACUAUAAGACAUACUAUGACCUCAAAGCUAAAUCUCGUAAACUAGACAUAGGCGAUGAUGUACUAGUGUUAUUGCCUUCUAGCAGUAACAAAUUAGUUAUGCAGUGGCUUGGUCCUUAUCCAGUUGUUGAAUGCAAAGGGAAUGGUGUUGAUUAUGUAAUUAGAAUUCGCGGAAAGAAUAGGUUAUUUCACAUAAAUAUGUUAAAGAAGUACUUUCGUCGUGAUGGUUUUAAAAGAAAAGGUGAAACUGUUCAAAUUUGUGUGGUUGAAGAUGAAGAUAAUUGUGGCAAUAACUGUGAACCUGUUUAUCUUGAAACUAAUAGUGAGUGCAAUAUCAACAUAGGCAGUGAAUUAUCUGAAAGUCAGAUUGAUGAUUUAAAGGUGAUAAUGAAUGAGUUCUCUGACGUGUUGACUGAUAAGCCUGGCUUGACUAACACUAUUGAACAUGUGAUUCGUGUGAACUCCGAUAAGCCUGUGCGCCAGAAACCGUACCCGAUUCCAAACAGUCUGUUAAAAGAAUUUAACAAUGAAGUAGAUAAAAUGUUAGAAAUGAAUAUAAUUGAACCCUCAACCUCUCCAUACUGUUCACCUGUUGUCAUGGUGAAAAAGAGUGAUGGAACUUGGAGAGUGUGCAUUGACUAUAGAUGCUUAAAUGAUGCUACGUGUGCCACCUUCAUUAGGCUCAUGAGAAAAGUGUUGUUUGGUCUUGCAAAUACUGACUGCUACUUUGAUAACAUUGUUGUACAUAAUGCUAACUGGUCUGAUCAUCUACAGGACUUGAAAAAUCUUCUGUUGAGACUACGUAUGCAUGGUUUGACUGCUAGCGUCAUAUCAGAACCAAUUUUAUGUUUACCUGACGACUCAAAAAUCUUUUAUCUCAGAAGUGAUGCUUCCGAUCUUGGACUUGGAGCUGUAUUGCUGCAGGAUGUAAAUGGAGUAAAGAUGCCAAUUGCAUAUGCUAGCAGGAAACUGCUAGACAGGGAGAAAAACUAUGCUACUAUUGAGAAGGAGUGUCUAAGUGAACAGCCUUCACGCCCGCCCUCCGGAUGCCCCUCGCCUUGCAACCUGCAGGUCCGGCAACAAGCUGCACGGGAAGAAAACGACUGCAUGCAAAGGAGAUUCAUCACGGAAUGUCACCAAAGAAAGGCUGGCAAAACGACAUCGCCAACAUCGCCUUCAAAUCGCCCAGCAGUAAGCGGAGAGCGUUCGGGAGACUCCAUUGCUGGAGGAGAGACAACAGCUAAUCAGUAUACUGCUGUGCCUUGGUCUUUCCCAGAAACAGUCAUAUCCGUGCAGAAUAACUGCCCAACACACUCGCCAAGGGCAGCUGAUCAAAGCCACAUUGUAACAAGAGCUGGUUCAGCAUGGAAAACUGCGACAGAGGUGAGGGCUCUAAUCUACAGCCAUUCGAUGCGUCCCAUCAGAUUUUCGUACCUUUACCCCGGGUGA